GCUCAGGGUAAUGGCGGACCGAACGUCGAUGUUGGUAGAAUAUUGCGCAGACGAGAAAAGUGUAUUAUAUUGUUUGAUUUAUGGGAGCUACUGUCCAAGUCUAACAAUUCCCUUAAGUUAUUCAACGCGCUAAGCGGAAACUAUGCCGAGUCCGUUUGAACCCGUAGAACCUGGGGCGCUCAACAAGAUUUCUAAAUCUACGUCAAGUGAUUUCGCGUUUCUUAACGACUCAUCUAGCCAACCCACCAAAAGCCUACACACAUCUCGGUCCAGCGUUGUUGGUAAAGUUAUUCUUGGUGUAACGGGCGCGGCGGUAGUGGGUCUAGUGGCGGUCACUACUCCGUUUGUUCUUCCCGCGUUGCGGAAAGUGUGCGUGCCGUACGUGCCCGCCACAGACAAACAAAUAGUGAAUGUUUUGCGCAUGUGUAGACCUGGGACACUGGUGGACUUAGGAAGUGGAGAUGGGAGAGUGGUGAUUGCAGCAGCAAAGCAAGGUUGCCAGGCUCAUGGGGUUGAACUUAAUCCAUGGCUGGUGUAUUAUUCCAGGCUGCAGGCAAGGCUCCAGGGCCUUCACAACAAGGCUACAUUCUCAAGACAAGAUUUAUGGAAGGUCAACCUGAAACAUUAUGAUAAUAUUGUCAUCUUUGGUGUUUCUGAAAUGAUGCCAAAGCUGCAAGUAAAGAUUGAAACUGAUAUGGGUCCUGACACACAUGUGAUUGCUUGUCGUUUCCCAUUUAAUUCCUGGCAAGUGAAGGAUGAAGUGCAAGAAGGAAUUGAUAGUGUCUGGCUAUAUCGCAAGAAAUAGCAAGUGCGUUAACGACUCACCUGGCGCAUCCAGACGCAUGAGAUGUAACGCCACCAAGAAGGCCCCUCCCCCCCUGGGAGCAACAAUCUGUUUAUUAUAGUGUGUCGCGCCCUUUGCUCCCCUGGUGUCAAUGAAAUACCGUAUACCCUACCCGCCGUGUUUCCUGUUGGGACUGUAUCAUGUUCAAACAAGAUCCAUUAAAAAGGAAUGCCGGUAAUCUGACCCAAUCCGGUGACAACUAACGCUGAACAACGUUACUAAGCUACUAUAUGAUUCUUGAUAAGAUGUUAUUGGGGGGUAUCAAUCAGUUUCACUUUGAACUACAGGUAGACCUGACCCUGGCGAAGAGUGCAAAUUCUUUUCUUUCUGACGAUUAAGAUUUUCAAGCUUCCCAAACAUUGUAUCCCAUGUCUAGACAUUUAUUGAUUUUUAAUAGUGCAAUUGAUGAAAAAUUGAAAACGCGCUGUCUUUGUGUGAUAUGGAUUAUUUAGAUCUUUCAUGCACACAUUGAAAAUUAUAAUCCGAAAGUCCAGUGGCAAUAUCGACAGAUGCAAAUAAAAGGGCUAAAACGUUUAAAAAUAGAAACGAAAUCUAGACGGUACAAAGGAAAUACUCGGUACACAAGAUUUUAUUCCUCAUAUACUUGAUGGAUUUUUCUGUACUUACUUGUCGAAGUAACUAAUCGAUACUUACGAUGUCGAUAACAUUGCUAAGAGUCAUGUCCAUGGUCACGUUAACAGGCCGAGAAGUGUUUUCCACUGGUCUGAUACGAGUAGACGUUCUACUCAAAAGAUCUCGUGUCAGCUUUAACUCCAUAUCAUACGUAGUCGCUAAAUUAAACCACACAACACUCGUCAAUCCGGUGGCAAAAAUAAAUCGUUAUAUCCACGUCAAAUAUUGACACAACCAGAACCCUUGGUGCUGAAUGUGUGGCCAAACUCCUAGCAGCGUUCCAAGUUGGAACGAAAUUUACUUAUGGUCCGUCAAGUCAAGAGUCAUACGGUUUACCUUCCACAGAUGAUAGAGCUGAGAGGAAAAGCACCGUAAAGACCAGUAAAUGGUGAAAGUGUUGGCCAUUUUGCAUCGUUUCCUUCAUUUGUCCAGACCUUUGAAAAUAAGCUGAUUCUCAGGAUCCAGCUGUUACUUGGUAAAGAUAAAAGAGGCGGGUACAUGAAGUAUAUCCAUCCUGUGACGUUACGCUGCUCACAUCAGAUGCCUUACAUGAAGUAUAUCCUUCCUGUGACGUCACGCUGCUUAGAUUCCUUUGCACCAAGCUCACGAACCAUUAGAAACGUCUUAUUUGCUAGUUGUUUGCCAUGUAUCGUUAUUCGGUCGGUCGAAAACCCCGCAGAUGGCUGCAUAAUGAUGUAGUUACUGCGUGCUCUAGACUGUCAAAUUCUCUGUUUUGACAAGAAUUACGUGCGGUAGGCUGUCAAACUCGAUGUUUUGACAAGAUUUGCGUGUUGUAGUUAGACAGUUCCAAGGUGCACAUUUAAGUACAAGUUGUGAUCCGGUCCAAAGUCGUACGGCACGGGGAUGAUUACUAAAUUCUUUUAAUUUCGACGUGAACAUAAAAUAAGCUUAAAGCGCUCCUUGGCUGCAAGUGUGAGUGAACAAAUGACCGUACUAUUCGUUUUGCGUUAAACGGUGCCAUUAAAUAUUUGAUCGCCUCUCAUUAGAACUCCAUUUACACUUAUACGACUGAAAAAUUGUUAGGCUCGACGCUCCUUUAUACGAACAAAUCCAAAUUCGUUCCCCGGAAUUUUUUAAUCAGUUGUAUUAUACUAUGUGUAUGUGAAGGAUCGGCCUUUUGUUUUGAAUUUCGUGAUACGAUAACUAAAAUCAAAAUAUAGCCUAAAUCCGCUAAAUAGCGCAAAAAUCGCUGUAAAAAAUAUGCUGACGUAUUUCCAGCCGUACUCUCUAAUUCCAUGCAAAAAAAUAGGUAAUUUUGAUUUUUUUUUUUUUGUUAUCAACGAUUACCCCCCUUGCUAUCAGUAAACAAGUAGUUUUCAAGAUCACCGCGGUUUUUUAAAUGCCGAUAUCUCGCGACUCUAUUUUCGCAAUUUUACCAUUAUAUGAUCAAGACUAUAGCAAAGAGUAAUGGUGUUUAUUGAAUAUUUAAAUUUGCCAAAAAAAAAAAAAACAACAGAAAAAAACAUACUUUGGGCAAAGUUAUGAAAAACAUCUAGCAAUAGCUUGUAUAUAUGUAUAUUAAAUGAAUAAAGAGUAUUGUACAAGUCAA